UGGGAGUGGGCGAGCGCUGCAGGGUCACCAGAGCCAUGAGUGAAAAUCUCACACAGUACAACAGCCGGUCUAUUCUGUCACGGGCUACAGUAAACCCGCUAGCGGAUUUUCCUCCAGCAACACCAAACACACGGCAGUGCACAAGAGAGUGAGCCAAGAAGACCUUAAAAUACUUUUCUUUGGAACAAACAAAAGGAUUAAACUUUGACAUGAAGGUGUGCAUCAUUGGAGCAGGGGUCAUCGGUCUGUCCACUGCUCAGAGCAUCUACCAACACUUCCAUGACAGGGUCACCCCCCUCACCAUUGAGGUGUAUGCAGAUGUCUUCACUCCACUCACCACCAGCGACGGGGCAGCUGGACUCUGGCAGCCGUAUCUCUAUGACAAGGGGAACGUGCAAGAAACUAAAUGGAACAAAGAGACAUUUGAUUAUAUUCUAAGUUGUCUCAGAUCUCCCGAAUCGGUUAAAAUGGGAAUCUUUCUCCAGUCUGGUUAUGACCUCUGCACUGAAACUGUACCACACCCAUCAUUUAAGGACAUUGUGUUGGGCCAUCGGGAGCUGACCCAACGUGAACUUGCGAUGUUCCCCGGAUACAGCUAUGGGUGGUUUAACACUACUCUCAUGAUUGAAGGAAAGACAUACCUGCCCUGGCUUAUGGACUGGUUGAAACAAAGAAACGUCACGUUUCAUCAGAGAAAAAUUGAUUCAUUUAAAGAGUUGGCAGACAGUGGUGCUGAUGUCAUCAUCAAUUGCUCCGGUGUCCGAUCAGGAGAACUGCAGCCUGAUCCUGAUCUCCAGCCAGCCAGAGGUCAAAUCAUUAAGGUAGACGCUCCCUGGUUAAAACACUGGAUAAACACAAAUCAUUUUUCAUCUAGUGGUAUUUCUCCGUACAUCAUACCUGGGAGUCGUUUCGUCACUGUUGGUGGAGUUUUCCAAGUAGGAAACUGGAAUAGGUUGAACUGUUCUGUCGAUCAUAAAGAAAUUUGGGAAACAGCAUGCAAGCUUGAACCUAGUUUACAACAUGCACGGAUAGUAGAAGACUGGACUGGUCUUAGGCCGGCACGUAGCAAAGUUAGACUGGAGAGAGAAACCAUACAAUCCAGACCAAACUCAUUCGAGGUCAUCCAUAAUUACGGACACGGUGGCUUUGGCAUGACCAUUCAUCGUGGAUGUGCUGAAGAAGCUGCUCGGCUGUUCGGAGAGAUCUUGGAACAAAAAGGCUUGCUUACACACCCUAGAUCACGCCUUUGACAGAUCUGGACGUCUGCAAAAUCUCUUCAGACGUAAACAGUAUUCUUCCUGACUGUCUGAUAAUCAUUGCCAUAUAAUUCCAAGUGAUAACAGAUUACACGAAUGUAUCCCUAAACUAGCGUUAUGUUUACAUUAUUGCACUUAAUUUGUAUUAUUCUGUGGACAGAAGAUUUGUAAAUGAAAGAUGACAAAUCAUUACUGAAUUGCCAACACUUUAUUUUCCAAUGUACAAUAAAGAGUCAUAUGCUAGCAUGGUUUAUUUAAUGCUUUGUGGCAAUAAGAUAAUACUUGAACAUCUCUACUAAAAAAAAAAACAAUGCAAAUUUUAAUGGUUUCCUUGACAAAUACUGUUAUGAAUAUGAACCAAUAGCUGUUUACCAUUAAAAACAUUAAAAUAUCUCUUUAUGUA